AAAUGCGAAACCAGACACCAGCCGGAAUAUCGGAAGUUCAGCGUGGAUCCACAGAUAACAUCCAUCGAAGUGCUUCAAAGUAUACUCAUCAAAGCUUUCGAUAUCAAAGGCGCUUCUGAACCGUAUCUAUACCUGCAAGUCAACUUGAAGCCGUUCGGAGAGACGGGCGACUGCGAAUGUUACUGGGAACAGAAUGCACAGGAAGUGUCGACUCGACAAGAAACCGGGUUUCCAUACAAGACACCCAAGCUACCAGGUCUCAUAAUGAAUAAGGCGAGCAUCUCAAUGGAAAGAACAUUAAACAUGGUUCAACGUGCUUUGGGCAAUUUGAGCGAAGACUCUUCGCAUCAGCAAAGUGCCCAACCGCCACGACCGCCGUUGACGGACGCCGAGUUCCGACGUUUCUUGGACCCCAUUGGACAAGUGAUACAUCCCAAAGAACUAAGAGCUGUCAUAUACUUUGGUGGGAUCGAGCCUAGCCUGCGGAAAGUGGUUUGGAAGCACAUCUUGAACGUGUACCCCGAAGGCAUGUCCGGCCGCGAGAGGAUGGAUUACAUGAAGAAGAAGUCGCAAGAGUAUCAAAAUCUGCGAGAAAGAUGGAAAAUCUUGGUGCAAAAGGGACAGAACGUCGGGGACCUGGCGUACGUGACGAGCAUGGUACGGAAAGACGUUCUAAGAACGGACAGACACCACAAGUUUUACGGUGGUUCUGACGAUAAUCAGAAUACGGCCAGUCUCUUUAACAUCUUAACCACGUAUGCCUUGAAUCACCCGAGUGUCAGCUAUUGCCAAGGUAUGAGCGAUCUGGCUUCGCCCUUGCUGGUCACUAUGCGAGACGAAGCGCAAGCGUACAUAUGCUUGUGCGCCCUUAUGAGAAGGUUGAAAGAUAACUUUAUGCUUGACGGGAUUGCAAUGACUACGAAGUUUGCUCAUUUAGCCGAAGGUUUACAACAUUACGAUCCAGACUUUUACGCUUACUUGAAAUCCCAUCAAGCGGAUGAUCUAUUGUUCUGUUACCGAUGGCUUCUGUUGGAAAUGAAGCGUGAAUUCGCAUUGGACGACGCUCUGAGAAUGCUCGAGGUUUUGUGGGCUGCUUUGCCGGCGUCGCCGCCAAACGGAGAGCUUAAUUUGGCCGAAGUACCUUUCCCUCCGCCUUCGCCGCCGCCGAGUCCAAACGUGAAACAUAUCCGCGAAAACGCGUACACGAAAGUCUGCGCCAUCAGGCGACAAAGCUCUUCCGCGAGUAUCGCUACUGCUGGUAAAAGAAAAACUCUGAACAACACGGAGGAUCCGUCUUUGCAAAGCAGAGACUCUACGGAGACUAACGGUGACUCAAAAAGAUCGAGCUCUCCUUACGAGACGUUCUCUGAGCCAGAGAACGAUUUAACAACAGCGAAAAACCGAAGAAACACAGAGUCUACGGAAAAGUGCCUAAGUACAGAUUCGCUGUCUGGUAAAUCGAAACGCGUGAACUUGUCGGAAUUGAAAGAAAGACUGUCGUUACCCGGCGGCAGAGAUCAAACUAGUAGAAAUAACGAGAACGACGGCGAGAAGAAAUGCGCUCGAGUGGUGAAAAAUCUGAACGAAUUUCUGAACUUUACCAGCCUGAAUCGUAGCAAAGUAAUGCCAAGCGAUGCCGAACCAGAGUUGAGGCGUGUUUCCAGCGAGAGCGGAGUAAUUAGAGUUUUAAGAGACGAGCCAAGCUCUCCGGACGAUCCAACGGAUUUCUUUCCAAUGACUACUUCAAUGACUAGAGAACUAAGACUGGAACUCGAGUCGCUCGAUCGACAAGUUUUCGGACCGUCGCCGCCAAGCGACAAUCAACAGUGUGAUUGCGUUCUUUCGAAAAGAGAGAGCGACUUGGUCGAUAGCGAAACAGAUACAGAAUUGGCAAGGUGUAGUCCAGCCGCCGACGUGUUCGUAUGGGAGAAUCCUCUGCACACGUUGCAGCAAAAGAACCAUCCAGCUACACCCGACGAGCAAGCGGAACUCGAGUACGACGGCGAGAUAUUGGAAGACCAAAACGGCGUUAAAUCCGUUACUCCGAUUAGAUUACUCAAACGUACCGCAAGGUCCGAAUCUGCUUCGGAUAGCGAGGAGGCGGAGAGUUGGCACCAGAGCACAACGGUACAAGAGAGUCCGAUAAAACAGUCGGUGCAAGAACACUGCGAAGAAGCUACGGAGCUUACGAAUCUCAUUCCAGCGGGAACUUGCGAAGAUCAGUUGGGAGAAAGUUCUCUACCUCCGCCUCACGAAUUUGGCGGUGGUAAUCCGUUUCUCAUGUUCCUGUGCAUCACCCUGUUGCUACAACACCGAGACUUUGUUAUCCGCAAUCAAAUGGAUUACAAUGAAAUGGCAAUGCAUUUCGACAAAAUGGUUCGCCGGCACAACGUCGUCCGAGUGCUCAAUCAAGCGAGACAACUCUUCGCUGGUUAUCUCAGAAGGCAUUCGUCGUCGUCGUUGGCCGCAAAGUCAGAUUCUGUAAAUGUGUAA